GAGCCAACCACAUAAUCAGCUCGUGUCCUCUGGCGUGAAAAUGAACUGGGCUUUUCUUCAGGGGCUCGUGAGUGGCGUCAAUAAGUACUCGACGGCUUUUGGUCGCAUAUGGCUGUCUGUGGUGUUCAUCUUCCGUCUGCUGGUGCUGCUGGUGGCUGCUGAGAAGGUGUGGGGUGACGAGCAAAGGGAGUUCGACUGCAACACCAGAGAGCCAGGCUGCCACAAUGUCUGUUAUGACCAUUUCUUUCCCAUAUCUCCGUCUCGUCUGUGGGCACUCCAGCUCAUCUUUGUCACAUGCCCUUCUCUCCUGGUGGUCCUGCAUGUGGCAUACAGGGACGACCGUGAGCGUAAGCACCAGCUGAAGUAUGGUGAGGGUUGUGCUCAUCUCUACAAAGACACCAGGAAGAAGCAAGGGGGGCUGUGGUGGACAUAUCUCUUAAGCCUCAUGUUCAAGCUUGCAGUGGACGCCAUGUUCAUCUUUCUUGUGUUCUACAUCUACGAGGCCACCUUCUUUCCUAUGCUGGUGAGAUGUAAAGAGGCUCCCUGUCCUCAAGUGACUGACUGCUUCAUCAGUCGUUCUACAGAGAAGCGCAUAUUCACCAUCUUCCUAGUGGUGGUCAGCUUGUUCGGUAUCCUGCUGACCUUUUGUGAGAUACUGUACCUCAUUUGUAAGCGCUGCCGUGAAUGUGCCGUCUCACACAAACUCAACAAACAUGAGAGACGUAUUGCAACAAUCUCUUCUCAGCCUAGCAAAGACGACCAGGGCAAAAUGGCGGAGACAAAACUGUUUGACGAAGCUAACAGUCAUCCUCCAAACAAGGACAUUAGUGCUCCUCCGUACAGCUUAGCCAUCUCAUGAACGAUCAACAGAGAUGAGCAAAAAUGUGGUUUAUUGAAUAUUAUAUUCAUAAUAUAUUCAUCAAUGUAAUCAAUUGCAAUUUAUAUAAAGUGAUUUGUCAUAGAGGACGAGUAUGAGUGUGUAUUUCUUUCCCGUUUCUUAAGAUUGCUUUACUUUUUUUAGGUUCUUGUUGUUAAGUUGUUUUAUAAAAAAAUAUGAUUCAAUGACUUGGUGCUGAAUUUGCACCUGAUGUCUUUUAUUAUGCUAUUUAUGGAACCACUGUAAUACAACUGAGCUCAAGGUACUGUUCGUGUGAAGUUCCACAUGUUCUUAUUGUGUCCUCUGGGUUCUCCAGUUUUCUCCCACUGUGCAAAAACAUGCCAGUAGAUGAAUUGACUUUGAUAAGAUCACUCCUAGUGUACAUGAUGACCUGUAAUGGACUGGUGUCUCAUCCGGGGUGCAGUUUCCUGCUUCCUGGGUGUAUCCCUGACUAGGAUAAAGUAGUUACUGAAGAUAUAUGAAUGAAUGAAUGAAUGAAUGAAUUCAAUAAAAC